AUGGACACAUUGGAUCCUGUCCUCAUGAACAUAACCGCGCAAAACCGUGAGGCGAUUCAGCUCGAAAACACCGGCAUUGGCCAUAGCAAAGGCACUAUUCCGGAUACCCUCGACGCUAUGGCUGCAACAGUCACAGAUCAUCUCACUGCCAUCCACGUGCCCAAGGCUGAUAUCCUUGGCUUCUCUCUGGGCGCCAUGAUCGCUCAGAUGAUCGCAACAGAUUAUCCUCAGGUGGUCAAUAAGCUGAUACUGGCUGGAGCACGAUCCGGGUCCGGUCCAGAUGAUUCCCAGACGGCGCCCGAUGCUGGCAUGGGCCCGAGCGGUGAACCUGAUCGUCAACCCACCGAGGACUAUAUGCUUUAUAUCCUCAUCUAUCCAUCCAAGUCAAGUAGAGAUAAAGGCAGUAUCUAG